CUACUACUACUAUAUUUUCUCCAGUCUCUCUGUCUCUCGCAGAUCUCCUCAUUUUCAUUUUCUCUCCCCUCUCUUCAAACUCUCGUUCUAGCACAGAUCUUUCUCUUUCUCUCUCCUGGUCUUUUAUCGUAUAAGAACCCUCGCUUUUUCAUAAGGGAGGGUUCGCUGAUUAAGACGAACUCAAAAUCCAAAUUCUUUUCAUUCGUCUUCUUCAAAGAUCUACUCAACAAUGGCUGCCGCUAAUGCUCCUAUUGUUAUGAAAGAAGCUUUAACGCUGCCAAGCGUAGGGAUAAAUCCUCAGUUCAUAACUUUCACUCAUGUAACCAUGGAAUCGGACAAGUAUAUUUGUGUGAGAGAGACUUCUCCUCAAAAUAGUGUUGUGAUUAUCGACAUGAGCAUGCCAAGUCAGCCUUUGAGACGUCCCAUCACGGCUGAUUCUGCUUUGAUGAACCCUAAUUCAAGAAUUCUCGCUCUUAAAGCUCAACUUCCCGGGACUACUCAGGAUCAUCUUCAGAUAUUUAAUAUUGAAGCAAAAGCAAAGAUAAAGUCCUAUCAAAUGCCUGAGAUGGUUGUCUUCUGGAAAUGGAUUACGCCUAAGAUGUUAGGCCUGGUCACGCAGACAUCAGUUUACCAUUGGUCAAUUGAAGGUGAUUCUGAACCUGUGAAAGUGUUCGAGCGGACUGCAAAUCUAGCAAACAAUCAAAUUAUUAAUUACCGAUGUGAUCCCUCGGAGAAAUGGUUGGUUCUGAUCGGAAUUGCUCCUGGAUCUCCUGAGAAGCCACAAUUGGUUAAAGGAAACAUGCAGCUGUUUUCAGUGGAUCAGCAGCGUAGUCAAGCUCUUGAAGCUCAUGCAGCUUCAUUUGCUCAAUUCAAGGUUCCUGGAAACGAAAAUCCUUCAACUCUUAUUUCCUUUGCCAGCAAGACAUCUAAUGCUGGACAGGUUACUUCAAAGUUGCAUGUCAUUGAACUUGGUGCCCAGCCUGGGAAACCCGGAUUUAGUAAGAAACAAGCAGAUCUCUUCUUCCCUCCAGAUUUUGCAGAUGACUUUCCUGUGGCUAUGCAGAUAUCUCAGAAGUAUGGAUUGAUAUAUGUAAUCACAAAGCUAGGUCUUCUGUUUGUAUAUGAUCUGGAGACGGCUAGUGCGGUUUACAGAAACAGGAUCAGUCCUGAUCCAAUCUUUUUGACGUCUGAAGCAUCCUCCGCUGGUGGAUUUUAUGCUGUCAACAGACGAGGUCAGGUGUUGUUAGCCACUGUAAAUGAAGCAUCAAUUGUGCCAUUUGUUAGCGGUCAGCUUAAUAACCUGGAGCUUGCAGUUAAUCUUGCAAAGCGAGGAAACCUUCCUGGUGCAGAAAACUUGGUUGUCCAGCGAUUCCAGGAACUGUUUGCUCAGACAAAGUACAAGGAGGCAGCUGAGCUUGCUGCAGAAUCUCCGCAGGGCAUUUUGCGCACUCCUGAUACCGUUGCCAAGUUCCAGAGUGUUCCUGUACAAGCUGGGCAAACACCACCAUUGCUGCAGUACUUUGGAACAUUGUUAACCAGGGGAAAACUCAAUGCUUUUGAAUCACUGGAAUUGUCUAGACUAGUUGUUAAUCAGAACAAGAAGAAUCUGUUGGAAAAUUGGUUGGCAGAGGACAAGCUUGAAUGUAGUGAGGAGCUUGGAGAUCUUGUGAAGACAGUGGAUACUGACCUUGCUCUGAAAAUAUACAUCAAAGCUAGGGCAACUCCAAAGGUUGUUGCAGCGUUUGCUGAGAGGAGGGAGUUUGAUAAGAUUUUGAUAUAUUCAAAGCAGGUUGGGUACACACCUGAUUAUUUGUUCCUCUUGCAAACAAUCUUACGGACUGACCCUCAGGGAGCUGUUAAUUUUGCUUUAAUGAUGUCUCAAAUGGAGGGAGGCUGCCCUCUUGACUACAAUACUAUCACAGAUCUGUUCCUUCAGAGAAACUUGAUUCGUGAGGCAACUGCAUUUUUAUUGGAUGUGCUCAAGCCCAAUUUACCAGAACAUGGUUAUCUCCAAACUAAAGUUUUGGAAAUAAAUCUAGUCACGUUUCCGAAUGUAGCAGAUGCAAUAUUAGCUAAUGGCAUGUUCAGCCAUUAUGACCGCCCACGAAUUGCACAGCUUUGUGAAAAGGGUGGCCUGUAUUUGCAGGCUCUCAAGCAUUACACUGAGUUACCGGAUGUUAAGCGUGUCAUAGUCAAUACACAUGCUAUUGAGCCACAGGCACUUGUGGAGUUCUUUGGAACUCUUUCUAAGGAGUGGGCCCUGGAGUGCAUGAAAGAUCUUUUACUGGUUAAUCUCAGAGGCAAUCUCCAGAUAAUUGUGCAGGUUGCCAAAGAAUAUUGUGAGCAAUUAGGCGUCGAUGGUUGCAUGAAGCUCUUCGAGCAGUUCAAAUCUUAUGAAGGACUGUAUUUCUUCUUGGGCUCAUUUUUAAGCUCUAGUGAGGACCCAGAAAUCCAUUUUAAGUACAUUGAAGCAGCAGCUAAGACUGGGCAAAUUAAGGAAGUGGAACGUGUAACUCGAGAAUCGAACUUUUAUGAUGCUGAGAAAACAAAGAAUUUCUUAAUGGAAGCAAAGCUUCCAGAUGCAAGGCCUCUAAUAAAUGUUUGUGAUCGUUUUGGGUUUGUACCUGACCUUACCCACUACCUCUACAAGAACAAUAUGCUCCGAUACAUUGAAGGCUAUGUGCAAAAGGUCAAUCCUGCCAAUGCUCCACUAGUUGUAGGGCAGCUGUUAGAUGAUGAGUGUCCUGAAGAUUUUAUCAAAGGCCUCAUACUCUCCGUGAGAUCUCUUCUUCCCGUAGAGCCACUUGUGGAGGAGUGUGAAAAAAGGAAUCGCCUGCGCUUGCUCACCCAGUUCCUGGAGCACCUUGUUAGUGAGGGGAGCACUGAUGUACAUGUUCACAAUGCUCUGGGCAAGAUCAUCAUUGACAGCAAUAACAACCCCGAGCAUUUUCUCACUACUAAUCCUUACUAUGAUUCCCGUGUUGUGGGUAAAUAUUGUGAGAAAAGGGAUCCUACUCUCGCUGUUGUUGCAUAUAGGCGAGGACAGUGUGAUGAGGAGCUUAUUAAUGUCACAAAUAAGAAUUCAUUAUUCAAGCUACAGGCCAGAUAUGUCGUGGAGAGAAUGGAUGGUGACCUCUGGGAUUUGGUCCUCACUCCAGACAAUGAGUACAGGCGGCAAUUAAUAGAUCAAGUUGUUUCAACUGCUUUGCCUGAAAGCAAGAGCCCUGAGCAGGUUUCUGCUGCUGUUAAAGCCUUUAUGACAGCUGAUCUUCCUCAUGAGCUGAUUGAGCUUCUUGAAAAGAUUGUGCUUCAAAACUCUGCUUUCAGUGGAAACUUCAAUUUGCAAAAUCUACUUAUACUUACUGCUAUCAAGGCAGAUUCUUCAAGAGUUAUGGAUUACAUCAAUAGGCUGGACAACUUUGAUGGACCUGCAGUUGGAGAAGUGGCAGUGGAAGCACAGUUGUAUGAGGAAGCAUUUGCGAUCUUUAAGAAAUUUAACUUAAAUGUCCAGGCUGUGAACGUGCUGCUGGACAAUAUCCGCAAUAUCGACCGGGCUGUGGAGUUUGCAUUUCGUGUUGAAGAGGAUGCUGUAUGGAGUCAGGUUGCCAAGGCCCAACUCAAGGAAGGUCUAGUGAGUGAUGCAAUUGAGUCAUUUAUCCGGGCUGAGGAUGCCACCCAUUUCUUGGAAGUUAUUAAAGCAGCUGAGGAUGCAGAUGUUUACCAUGACAUGGUGAAAUACCUUCUGAUGGUUAGGGAGAAGGUCAAGGAGCCCAGGGUUGACAGUGAACUUAUAUACGCAUACGCGAAAAUUGAUAGACUUAGUGAAAUUGAAGAGUUCAUACUUAUGCCCAAUGUUGCCAAUCUUCAAACCGUUGGAGAUCGUCUAUAUGAUGAAGCUUUAUAUGAGGCAGCAAAGAUCAUAUACGCAUUCAUUUCUAACUGGGCUAAGCUGGCUGUUACUCUUGUGAAAUUAAAGCAGUUCCAAGGUGCUGUUGAUGCAGCUCGUAAGGCUAACAGCGCAAAGACUUGGAAGGAAGUUUGUUUCGCUUGUGUGGAUGCUGAAGAGUUCCGAUUGGCUCAGAUAUGUGGUCUUAAUGUCAUCAUACAGGUUGAUGAUCUGGAAGAGGUCAGUGAAUUCUAUCAAAACAGGGGAUGCUUUAACGAGCUCAUUUCUCUUAUGGAAAGUGGAUUGGGAUUGGAACGUGCACAUAUGGGUAUCUUCACUGAGUUGGGAGUUCUCUAUGCUAGAUACCGCCCUGAGAAGCUCAUGGAGCAUAUUAAAUUGUUUUCAACCCGUCUUAACAUACCGAAGCUGAUUAGAGCUUGCGAUGAGCAACAACAUUGGAAGGAACUUACUUAUUUGUAUAUACAAUAUGACGAGUAUGACAAUGCUGCCACCACUGUAAUGAAUCAUUCUCCAGAAGCAUGGGAUCACAUGCAGUUCAAAGACAUUAUUGUUAAGGUUGCAAGUGUGGAGCUUUACUAUAAGGCUGUACACUUCUACUUGCAAGAACAUCCUGAUCUUAUUAAUGACAUGCUCAAUGUUCUUGCACUUCGUGUGGAUCACUCACGUGUUGUUGACAUCAUGAGAAAGGCCGGUCAACUUCCUCUUGUGAAGCCAUAUAUGGUAGCUGUCCAAAGCAACAAUGUAUCUGCUGUUAAUGAAGCUUUGAAUGAGAUCUAUCUCGAGGAAGAAGACUAUGAUAGGCUUCGUGAGUCCAUAGACUUACAUGACAACUUUGACCAGAUAGGUCUUGCCCAGAAGGUGGAGAAACAUGAGUUGCUAGAAAUGAGACGUAUUGCAGCUUACAUAUACAAGAAGGCCGGCAGAUGGAAGCAGUCCAUCGCAUUGUCAAAGAAAGACAGUCUUUACAAGGAUGCAAUGGAGACUGCUUCUCAAUCUGGUGAUCGUGAACUUGCAGAGGAGUUGCUUGUGUAUUUCAUUGAGCAGGGAAAGAAAGAGUGCUUUGCAUCAUGUCUUUUUGUGUGUUACGAUUUAAUCAGAGCUGAUGUUGCAUUGGAGCUGGCAUGGUUGAACAAUAUGGUUGACUUUGCCUUCCCGUAUCUCUUACAGUUUAUUCGAGAAUACACGGGCAAGGUCGAUGAGCUGAUUAAAGCAAAACUUGAAGCUCAGAAGGAGGUUAAAGCAAAAGAAGCAGAGGAGAAAGAUAUGGUUGCACAACAGAAUAUGUAUGCACAGUUGCUGCCUCUUGCUUUACCAGCUCCACCGAUGCCUGGAAUGGGAGGAGGUGCAAUGGGUGGUGGCUAUGGUCCUCCUCCACCUAUGGGCGCGAUGGGCAUGCCUCCAAUGCCUGCUUAUGGCAUGCCACCAAUGGGCUCAUACUAAAAAAGUUUGAUUCUUCCAAGUAAUAUGAGGCUGUAGGUGCUAGCAACUCGCGGCAAAAUCAAUUUUUCUAGUAGCUGGGUUAUUGAGGUGAAGUUUCAGGCGUCUUGCAUUUUGGAUAUCUGUGUAUGCACUAAUUAGUUGUAGGAGUUGUUCAUAAUGCCUUCAAUUAUUCUUUAAUUAGCUGAGUCAAAAAAAUUUCAGUUCUCUUUGGGUAGUCAGGGUUGGUCCUUAGAUUACCUCGUUGUAUGUUUUAUAGUGCUGGUUUGUUGAAAUUUGUCGUAUCUUGUGGAUUUUGAAGUGCAAGUGGUGGAUUUGCCACUGUGUAUAGGAUAUAGGUCAUGGAAUUUACUAUCGAACAGUAUGUUUUAUAAAUAUGUUGGGAGAUUUUGAUAGUAUCCAUUUGUAUGCUGAAAUAUACUCAUCUUUGGAUCUCAUUUUGUAAAAACAUGCAACUUUAGUUUCUUUCAGCAAUUAUUGAUGAACCAUUUUGUGUGCAA